AUGAGCUACCCGUCUCCUCAACCAGCGGCGUCGUCGUCGUCCUCGGCGUCCCCGGCUCCCAAGCCUGCUUUCCCCCUCCCUCCUGGCGCAUCCAGCUCCGCCGCUCCUCUCGUCUUCCCCGACGAAGACGACUUUCGCAGACCUCGUCACAUGGACAACAGUCCCGUGCCGGAGAGCCCGGUCGACAAGAGGCCCGGCCUAGCCGAGCGGAGGGGUGCUGCCCCAAAGCCCAUCAGUUCGCCAACCAGCCCCGACGCCGACCACGGCCUGUUCUCGAGGCCCCUCCAGAACCAGCAGAGACCCGCCGCAUCGUCCCGUGGCAACAACUACACACAUGGUCAGGAACAGCCGGUAUACUACCCCCCGCCGGGAGGUGCCUUUGCCGAGGGCAGCUCGUCGUCUCUCGGGCCAUCCCGUGGCGAUGCCGCCGCCGGUGGAGUGAACCGUUUCGCCUCGACUGCCUCAGUGUCCACAACCAAGGCCAGCCGGGGCUCACCUCCACCUCCGGAGACGCCCAUCGUCGAGCCCGGCUCCGUCCCCGGUGGUGGCAUCGAAGCUCGCUACGCGGCAUCGGGCAUUCCCGGUACCGCAACCCUCACCAGCCUCCAGGCUUCCCAGGUCCAGAGCGCCGCCGCCGCCCAGCGCCUCGCCCAUUACGGCAACCAGCAGCCUCAGGCCCAGCCUCAAGCCCAGAGGCCUUGGACGCCUACCGAAUCUCCUGAUCAGGCUCCUUCCGGGCCGCCGACUGUGUACCAGGGCUCCAACCCCAUCUCCACCACUCAGCAGCACCCCGCCUUCAGCCCGCCCCCUCAGCAGUCUGUCCAGAGCCGAGACAGCAACCCUGUCCAGGUCAGCGUUCUCGAGCAAGACUUUCAGCGCCUUGGGACGAGCUCACCUCCACCGGCCUACUCGAGCGUCAAUCCCGGCGGCAAGUCGUCAUCGGCGCCCCCGGAGAAGCAACGUCCCCAGCAGCAGCAGCAGCAGCCGCAGCAGCCGCAGCCGCAGCAAUCGCAGCAAUCGCAGCAGCUCCAGCAGCCACAGCCCCAAGCUGCUUCCGGCUUCCCACAAGCGGCGGCCAGUAGCAGCAGCUCCGCACCGCCAAAGCAGAAUGGCAUACCCGCCGCCUUGGCGUCCCCGGCUCUGCAGCACCCCGGCCACCCCGCCUUCGCCAAUGACCCUCAUCCGGGCCUGCAGAACGGCCAGGGCUCGCAGGCCGCGAUAGUUGCACCCACGCCCACCAUGCAGCAGCACCCUGCAUCCCCCCCUCCACUGCCCGAGGGGUGGAUCGCUCACCUUGACCAGAACUCUGGCCAGUACUACUACAUCCACCUGGCCACCCAGGCGACGCAGUGGGAGUUCCCCAAGGGCCCCAACCCCAUCCAGCACGAGCAGGCGCCCAUGUCGCCCGCGGCAUCCACCUAUGGAAACCCGCUCGCCUCCCCCAUGUUUGCCAAGCAGGGCAUGGCAUCGCCCAUGUACCCCCCGCACACCCCCGGCUACGCCGAGAGCAUCAUGAGCGUUGCCCAAUCCCAGGCGCCCUCUACCAUGGGCUUCACCGGCCCGCCCCCGAGUGCGGGAGUCGACAUGUACAGGAUCCAGCCCACUAAUGGAGUCUACUUUGGACCCUACCUCCGAUACGUCAACAUGGACCUGGAAACUGGCACCUGGCUAGGCAGCAUCCUCAUCGUCACCGAUGCUCCGCAACCGCCCACCAUCCACAUUCACCAGAGCACCGACCUGUCGCCGAACCCGAGGCAGCUGCAGCCGCACUCGAUCCACACACACCAGCGGUGGUCCUUUUACAAGUACGACUUGGACCUGCAGAUGGGCGAGUUCGGCACCGAGCGUUGGACCUACGCUGUGACCUCGCACCUCGGAUGCACCAGGUACGAAUUCGUCGUCGCCGGCCGCCAUGAGACGGGCUGGCGCUUCAUCGCCCACUCGGGAAAUGACUUUUCGGCCGCCACCGGGCAGAAUGAGCGGGCCAGGCUAGGCGGCGUCGGUUUCAUGUGGAAGGACGUGCUGCAGAAGAACGUCGACUGCGGCGGUUUCCACGUCCAGCUGGGCCUGGGAGAUCAGAUCUACGGAGACCGCCUGUGGAAGGAGGUGCCCAUCCUCAAGCAGUGGCUGGCAAUGCGCGGCAGGGACAACAGGCGAAAUGCCCAGUGGACGGCCAGGCACGAGGAGGACGUCGCACACGCCUACUUCCACUACUACACAAGCCACUUUGACCAGCCGUUCCUGAGGGAGGCCUUUGCGCAGAUCCCCCACGUCCUGCAGAUCGACGACCACGAUAUCUUCGACGGUUACGGAUCGUACCCCGACUACAUGCAGGCAUCGCCGAUAUUCAAGAACAUUGGCCGCGUUGCCACCGACCUGUACCUGCUGUUCCAGCACCACACGACGGGGGAGAUGAUGCGCAACGUGAGCACGGACAAUGACCUGUUCACUGUGACGGGUACCGGCUGGCACUUUGUCAAGUACCUCGGCCCCGCCAUGGCCGUCGUCGGCCCCGACUGCCGAUCCGAACGCAGCCAGGGCAAGGUCAUGGCCGGCCCGACAUACCAGGGCAUCUUCCCCAAGAUCGCCACGCUGCCGCCCAGCGUCCAGCACUGCAUCUGGAUGGUGUCGGUGCCCCUGGUGUACCCGCGCCUGGAGGCCGUGGAGAGCCUGGCCAACACGGUGGCGGCGGGGAAGAAGGCGGUCAACACGACGUACAACAUCCUGGGCAAGGUGACGAGCUCUGUGGCGGGCGUCGUGGGCCAGAAGGACAUGGUGGCCCAGGGCUUCACGCAGGUCAAGAAGGCCGUCGGCAAGACGGGUCUGAUGGGCAACGUCCUCAACCAGUUUGGCGAGCUCGACAUCCAGGAGGUGCUCAAGGACAUGUGGACGCACGAGACCAAGGACCUGGAGCGAACCUACUUCAUCCGUACGCUGCAGGGCAUCUCGCAGCAGAAGGGCAUCCGCAUGACGUUCCUCUCGGGAGACGUCAACGCCGCCGGUGCCGGGCUGGUGCACGACCCAACGCACCCGGGCGACCACAAGACCAUGUACCAGAUCAUCACGUCGCCCAUCGUGGCCGCCCCGCAGAGCAACUACGUCCUCAAGAUGCUGCACAACCAGAAGUCUCUGUACGUGCCGCAGAACGGCCAGAAGUCGACACACGAGGUGUCGGACACGAAGGAGGACAUGAUGGAGAUAUUCCACAACGACGCCAGCGGCGCGGCCCGCGAUCUCAAGAAGCUCAUCGGCCGCCGCAACUACGCCGCCUUUGUCGCCUACGACCAGGACGCCGUCGCCGCCGCGCAGAACCAGAUGCCCUUCAGCCCGGCCCCGAGCAUCGCCAACUUUGGCCAGCAGCAGCAGCAGCAGCAGCAGCAGGGUCUGUCCAAGCUGAGUCUGGCCGUCGACUUUGUCGUCCAAGGUGACGGUGCAUUUACUGCUCCUACAAAGUACGGACCUGUCAUCGUGCCUCAUCUCGAGUUUGGACGAUGA